AUAUUGAAUAGAGAGAGAGAGAGGGAGAAGGAGAAAAACAGAGAGAGAGAGAGAGAGAGAGAGAGAGAGAGAGAAAAGUCAUCUCAUCAAAAUACUUACUUGUUCAAAUAA